UUUCACACCAUUUAGUUGAUUUAUUGACGUGGAAUUCUUUGUUUUUUUUUUUUUUUUUUAUUGAACACAAGGGAAGCAGGUCAAGGGUAAAAACUGUUUCAGAAAAAAUAAUCUUUCUAAAUGUGUCUUCCAAAAAAAAAGCUGUAACGGUUGAUUUUAAUUCUGGUUUAGUUCAGUCUGACUCACAGAAUCUGUUUGAUUUCUGAGCUGCAUGGAUCUUGCUUUCCACCUGUCCUUUUCUCAACUUGGCUUUAUUUUUUUGUUAUUUUCAGUCAUGCAACAUCUGCUGGAAGUGUAAAUUUCGUAGAUAUAAUUGACUAAUUCCCUACCUGUCCUCAUCUUUACGUAUUUACCUUGAUUUUGUUUAUUUUGUCACAACAUAUGCUUGAUGCGUAAAUUUCAUAUAUCAAAUUUCUCAGCUUUCCUUGUCUCUGUUUUCCGUGAUUUUUCUUUACUUUGAGUCCGGCAACGUCUAUUUAGGUAACGAAUUCCACAUAUCUUCCUUCCCACCCGUCCUUUUCUUUAUUUAUCUUAGUUUUCCCUUUAAAACGAGCAACAUGUGUCCAGGCUUGGGGCUCCACACGUCUCCCUCAACACCUGUCCUUUUCUUGAUAUACUGACGCUGAUUUUCUCCAGUUUCAUUCAGUUAACAUCUGCUGAGCGUGUAAGUUUCGUCCUAUUUCCCAUCUAUUUUAUUUUCGUUGAUUUUAGACACCUGUAUAUAUAUGCAUUGAGUUUUGUCUUUUUCUUAAUACACUGACACAAAUUCUCUCUUAGUUUUAGUCAGGCAACAUGUGCUGAACAGGCAAAUUUCACUAUUUUCCAUCCAUUCUUUCCUUAAUAUUUCGACCUCAAUUUUCUUUAGUUUCAGGUUCUGAGCUCCAUAUAUCUCACUACCCACCCGUCCUUGACUUAAUAUAUUGACCGCAUUUUUCAUUUGUUUUACUCAAUUGGAAUAAUUUUGUUUAUUUACUUGUAGAUUCAUUGUUUUCAGGUAAAGAACACCUGUUUAGAUCCUGAAGUCUUUAUCUCUUUCCACCCAUUUGUCCUUUUCUAGAUAUAUUGGCCCUAUUUUUCGCAGGUUUCAAUCUAGCAACAUUUGUGUUUCGAGUCCUUUUCUUAAUGUUCGUUUUCUUUUCAGUGCGGCGCCAUCUGCUGGACGCGAGAGGUGAGCCAGAUCAACGAAUCCACACCGAGACUCGCCCCCAGAGGAAGGAUGGAGAAGAAUAUGAAGUAGCUCCAAGCAGGAGUAAUGUGUGGACAUCGGUGAAGGUGGAGGUGCCGGCAGAGGCCGUGGGUGUGGUUAUUGGCCGUCAGGGAUCCAACAUCAGGCUGAUCCAGGACAGCACCAAUACCAGGAUCAAAUUUUCUGAUGGAGAAGAGAGUGGCAAACGGACAUGUGCCAUCGUUGGACAGCCGGAGAAUGUGAGGCUGGCACGGCAGCUCAUCAUGAAGGCCAUUGAUGAGCAGCCCGUCAUUGAAGUUUCAGAAGUAAAAGUUCCAAAUAUGGCUAUCAGCCGCAUCAUUGGGAGGAAUGGUGGUACAGUUCGCAGCAUUUCUCAUUCCACUGGAGUAAAGAUCACAGUUGUAAAGGAUGAAGAUUUCACAACUUCUCCAUCAUCCUCGGAGGAUAUGAGGCGGAUAAUUCUCAAGGGCAGCAAAGAGCAGAUUGAGGCGGCCAAGAUACAGCUUCUGGAGAAGGUGGCUGAGGCAGAGGAAUACAGGCAAAAAAUAAGUGCAUCUGCCAAUAAAAUGUCUCUACGUUUUCGAGGACGCCAAGGAACACAGGACAGUGAAGCAAGUCAGUCCUCCCUGUGCAGCAAUGGCAGUGUUCACCAGGAGGUCCUGUCAUCCCCAAGCAGUGACAAAUUCAUUGAGGCAUAUGUGUCUGCAGUGAACUCUGCUACUCAUUUCUGGCUGCAGGUUGUGAGUCCCCGGGCCAUUGACCUAGACAAGCUGGUGACAGAAAUGACAGAAUAUUACAGUAAUGAGGAAAACAGAGACCUACAUGAACUAGAAAAGGUCACUGUUGACAGUAUAGUUGCUGCCAAGUUUCCAUAUGAUGAUUCCUGGUACAGAGGGAAAGUGUGCAGCUUUUCACACAAUGAGGAAGAUCCUCAGCAGAGUGAAGUUAAUGUGUAUUAUGUUGACUUUGGUGAUACAGAAACCAUUCAAAUGAACAAUGUGUGUGAGCUACGAACAGAUUUCUUGAAACUCAGUUUUCAAGCCAUUGAGUGUUUUUUGGCAAAUAUUAGUCCUGAAAGUGGCCAGAGUGAGGAGGCCGCCGACACGUUUGAAGAGCUUACUUAUGCCUCCAAGUGGAAGUCUGUCAUGGUGCGAGUGGUGGGCUACCAGCAGCAGGGCACCACUGCCAUUCCAUGCGUCCAGAUUAUUGACACCAAUGGACCAAUGGAUACUGAUGUGGCUGAGGAGCUGGUGAAGAGAGGGCUGGCCUCUUUUGAUAGAGCUUCCCCACAAUCCUAAACUUUUAAAAUGAAAUGGAACAGGAUUACACAUGUGAACGCACCACUCUUCAAAGUUGUUCCAUCUCUGUGUGCUCUUGGUUUAGAACUGGUAAAGGAUUCAAAACCUGGCUGUUGAAAAAUAAAAAGCACAGAACCAUUAUCUUUUGGUGAAAUGUGCUUGUGCUGCUAUGCUGUAUGAAUGGUCAUGUGUUCAUUCAUGUUUGAUGAAGUGUUGUGUUGGUUAAAAACAGAACAGUUACACCUCUCAUGAUAUGGCCUGGCAUUUAAAUAGUUUAUUUUAUAAACCAAUGAAGUGUUGUCUUAAUGCCCCGAGGAUUGUAGGAGAAUGUUUAUGAAUGCCAAAGUUUAUGAAAUGACACGUCCACUGGACAUUAUUUCCCUUUCUCAGAAACCUCGGCCAUCCAUUGGAAAAUAAUUAUUUGUCUUACGUUAAGCAAUUCAGUAUCAGGCUGGGCUUUACUUGUAUAUGUGUGUAGAUGAUCUGCAUUUAGUGGACUCGCACUUUGUUGUUUUGCAAAAAAUAUAUCAAAAUCAAGCAUUUACAUUAUGACUGUUUUCAUUUGUGAUAAACGUUUAAGCCACAAUGUACUACAGAUCAUCCUUAUCUGCAUCCCAUAAAAGGCUGGUGAUCAUACAAAUCUAAUUAUGAUGAAGUGAGGAGUGUUUCCGUGAUGUAUUGUGUAUCGGUUGAAAGAGAUAUCUAGAAUGGUUAGUCGACAUUCACAAGUACAGUAACCAUAGCAAAACUCAAGACCAAUUAGGGAGGAAAGCCAAUCCAAGUUACCCAAAAAAUUUUUCUUUCCCAUUUUGCAUGCCUUUUUUUCGGUAAGGCCUAUAGCGCCUGUAGGCACACUUGAAGAGUGUAUAAGAAGUGCUGUUCAGCUUCCGCCCAUUACUGGCGCAGGCAAUUUUAUUUAUAGUGGUACCCAUAUUGGGGCCCAUAUCACCACCCAAGCUCAUCUUGAGUGUAACCACCUAGAACUUGGGUAUCAUGGUGAUAUGUAGGUAACUUUAAACCACUCGACAAAUGGCAAAGUGUUUUAAGGCUGUACGUGGUGGGAUUCGAACCUACGCGUGGACAUCUGCCUGAUCCCACGCUCACCACCUUAUCCACUAUGCCACCGCCUCCCUACUGACAGUUGAUGUAAUGUAUUGUGUAAAUAGAUACAUACUACAUACAUGGUACACACACACACACACAGGCCUAUCCGAAGAUCGGAAAUAAUGAGCUCUGAGCUCGUUCCAUAGGGUAACGUCUGGCUGUCUCGUCAGAGACUGCGGCAGAUCAAACAGUGAAACACAACCGAAAGGGUCUGGGUUCAAAUCCCGGAAAGCGGCGAGGCAAAUGGGCAAGCCUCUUAAUGUGUAGCCCCUGUUCACCUAGCAGUAAAUAGGUAUGGGAUGUAACUCGAGGGGUUGUGGUCUCACUUUCCCGGUGAGUGAUGUGGUCUCAGUCCUACCUGAAGAUUGGUCUAUGAGCUCUGAGCUCACUCCGUAAUGGGAAAAGGCUGGCUGGGUGACCAGCAGACGUCCAUGGUGAAUUACACACACACAUGAACAGUCUCAUCAAAUGAGAUUGUAGUUUAUGCACCAUGUCUGCCACAACACUUCAUUCUAACACUCCCACCAGCCUUACUUUUUGCAUUAUCAUCAGCCUUGUCUGAAGUGCAUUAGUAAAACCAUAUCACUGUGUAAUGUGCACAGAAAAAUUAUGAGUAUGACAAAAUGUGCACAGACAGCACAAUGUGACUCGACAUCUUUUGUAUUCCAUUUAGUGCUGAUAAUUUAUACUCACACUCUGCCUAGGUGAAGCCCAGUCUGUUGCAGUGACAGGUUCAAGAAAUUUCUAAUUACUAUGCCUUGAACAGUGCAGCUGAUUGUUAUAAGAAUAGUAGCCAAAUGAGCAGUCACUAAUUACUUACCUACCUUUAGUUUAUACAACCCCAGUUUUAGUCUAGAGUUAAAAUUGACAGUGAAGUAGUACAUGUGUUAAUAAUGUGUGACAUCUGUCCUUAUCCCUGCAGUACUUGAUCAACCCACAGCUUGGCUUGAAGUGGCUGAGGGAGUGAUGUGAUGUCCUCUGUUCCAGUGUCAGCUUCUGACAUCAGCCAAAAAUUUUUUUUUAUUAAAGACAAAUUUUGCAUUGUGAGAAAGUAUCUUAUACCACUGAAUAAAGCAAAUGUUGAUUAACUAAAUUGCUGGUGUAAGUACUGUGCCCAAAGUGUUCAAUACUGGAUGAAAAAAUUCAUGAUACUAUCUGUGAACUGUCUGAACAUGGAGUUUGUGGCCAUGUAACCAAGAAAAUCCCUUCCCAGCCAAUUCACGCUAUCUAAAGGCAAUAAUAGACUCAGAAUACUGCGUUAUCUUUGAUGAUAUUUUUUAUUUAUGUGGCCAAAACUGCAUGUCCAAGUAGGCCAUGGGUACCAUCAGGAAUAUCUUAAUCUAGCUUUGCAAGCUUUAGGCCUAAACACAAACAUCAACAAUCCUGUUUUUACCAAUAUUUGGAUUUUGCAGUGCUAUGAUUUGAGAGGUUUUGUCUCAGAAGCUGCUUGUUUUUUACAGUGACCGCAAAAAAAAGUAUACAUCACCGAAUUUUGGUUAGUAAAACAAUACAAUGCAAAAUAGGACUUUUAUUUAAAAAUUUAUCUUAUAAUUAGUAUUUGGACAUAUUCCCCUUGGACUUCAGACCACUCUGGGGAGUUGCCUGGCCAGUCAAGAACAUUUAUAGUUUUUCACCAUGAACUUAUGUGCUGGUGCUAAGUCGUGCAUAAAAUAUUCUGCUUCGUGAAUGCUCCAAAAUGUCAGCAUGUGCUCCUCCAAGACCUCAUUGUAAUUAAUUGCCUGCAUUGUCACAUUCCUAUGAAAAAAGUGGAGUCCAACCAGUGAAUGGGCCCCGACAUCAUAACACUCUCUGGGUGUUUACAUUUUGACAGUGUAGCGAGGGUCAUAAUGGGACACGGUAUUGGGCCUCCUCAUGACCUUGUUGUUGCCCCUGACCAGUCAGAACAUGCUUUCAUUGAUGAAUAUUACUUUCUGCCAGUCAGCCAAUGUCCACUCCUUGUAUUUCUGACAGAAAUCUGGAUGUUGUUUCUUCAUAGCCUCAUUUAGAAGUAGUUUCUUGCCGGCAUUGCAUACUGACAAUUUUAAGUCCUUCUGAAGGCAGUGUUGAAUAGUUUGCACCGAGACGUUCUGCAGGAGAUUGAGGUGUUUCUCUUUCAGGCUGAUGGCUGUAAUUGAAAGGUCUUCCUUAACCUCUCUUGCCAGGACCUUGCCUAUGUGUGGAGACAUCUUCCUUGGUGGUGCCCCAGAGCCUGGUUUUCUGGCUGGUACCACACCAAAAUGGAGGUUCUCUGCUGCAGUUUUUAGCUUGUAAAUGGUCCUCCUUGUUACCUUUAAUUCUGCCACUACAUGUAUGACAGACCAGCCUUCAACUAGGAGGGCAAAGGCCUGGGUUUCUUAAAGGGACAGCUGUGCAUAACCCAAGAUAAUGAAUGUGAGGUGUCUGGUAGCACGUUGAGUUUGGCCGGCAAGUAGCAAACGGGCACUCAGGAGCAGCGUAACAAGACCCUCUCUGUAGAAGCGCUGGAGGCGCACUGAAGCCUGUUGUGGUAAGGAACAAUGAAUAGGGGUGGGCUCUAGCCAACCAAUAUCAUCACUAGCUUCACCCAUUCUGCUGGUGGCGGAAACGCUAAAAACACUACACAUAUAAUCGUGUGUGUACUUUUUUAUUGCAGUGAAAAUGUAUACUUUUUUUCUGCGGCCACUGUACCUUUAUUAUUAUAAAUAUGAAGUCUAUUGCAUUGUAAGUCACAAGUAGAUAUUGUAGCAUUGAUAUCACACUUCACUCCCUCAGUCAGAUGAAGUCGAGGGUUGCCAUCACAUGCUGCAAGGAAGAUGAGUAGGUGCUACUCACCUAUCCAAAUUUACUACCUCCCAAACAGGAUGGUAUGUAUUUCAGCCAAGGCAACUACUUACUUGACUGCUUUUAUACUACUACUACUACUACUAAGUAGUAGUAGUAGUAGUAGUAACAUCCUAGUCACCACUAUCAACUAUGCUUAGUCUACCAUCCUUUCAAUGAACCCAAACAAUCUCACUUCAUUAAUACUCACAGCUUGUAUCUGUUCCCAUGUUUCAUCAUCCAGAAAAGUGGUGCACCACACAUUCAUUUAAUGAUCUUUAGUUGACUUUUGUUUGUCUGGAUUUCUCUGUCAGUACAGCACCACACACACACUGGAAUGCACUGAAUGAUGAAGUUGUUGUAGCACAUAAAUGUGCAUAACUUUGAAGAAAAAUUGGAUAAAUGGAGACAUGGAGACAGGACACUGAGCCCCACUCAAACCCUGUACAGUACUACUAGGUAAAACACACACACACACACACACACACACACACACACACACACACACACACACACACACACACACACACACACACACACACACACACACACAGUUAGGCUCAGCACAGAUAAAGAAAAUCUUGACACCUUUUGGAUCUUGCAAUAGGAAAACCUUAAUAAUUAAGUUAUGGAUCAUUACAAACAAAUUAUUUGUUUUUGUCAAAACUGAUGACAAAUAUAUUUUUUGUUAUUAAAUCAGUAAUUUUGUUUUUAUUUGUGUAUUCCUGGAUCCAUCACUAAACUUUGCUGUAGUACAAUCCAAAAUAUCAUUAGGAAAUCUUUAUGUUCAAUAUGCUUAUUCCACUAGUCAUGUAACUGCUAAGAUAUGGUACAAAAGAAAACUGUAAUCACUUACCCAAACUCUGAUUCAUCAAGCCUAAUGGUGUGUGAGCAGUGUUACCAGUACUGAGCCACGACUCUAGUACAGCUUUGUAGGAUGUUUGACAUUUUAAGCUGGAACAUUGCUAAGUUAUAUGUAUCAAAGAAAAUAAUGUAUUUUGUCUGUACUUAGUAUAUCUAUUAUGUAUUAUGUCAAGAGGUAAACCAUAGAUUGAUAUAUCAGAGUCAGGCAGAGAGGUUACAUGUGCAGGCUGUAGAUGCUAGUUGAAAGUUGUCUGUGUACAUAUUAAUGUAAAUAAGUAUUUUAAUGUUUUCUGUUUGGAUAUAUCUACCAAGAUAUAUUGAACAUCUUUGGAAUAUGUUACUUUUUUUUUUUUUUUUUCUUUCUUCCCAAAGUUAAUAUUAGGAAUUAUAAGCAUCUGAAUAGAAAUUUUAUCAUGUGCUAUUUUCAGCACAAUAGGACUGAACUGUUACUAUAUUUUUUCACUGGCACUUACUUGGUUGGUAUUUCCAUGACGGCUCAUGUCUAAUGUGUCUGUAGUAAGAAUAAAGAUACAGAAGCAAG